GUGUGAGGGCGGUGCGCUGACACAGCCUGAGAGAGACAGCAGAGGCUGAACCCCAGGGAGGGAGCGACAUCAGUGCGGGGCAGGCUGGGAAUUAUGCGACGCGGAUGCGUCCAGUCCUGUGUCCGCGCAGCAGAGAGACACCGCGGGGCGUCUUUACGCUCAGAAGCCGCCUCGUCCUCAAAACCUCACCGCCGUUCUCUCUCCUUUCUCCCGCUCCAGUUUCACCUGCGAAGACACGGCGGAGGACCGCGGAGCUCCUCGGCGCUGAGCGACUCACGGAUUCUCCGGUUAGCCAUGAAGACGCGCGGGGCGCAGUAACUCCUCGCCACCAGAGAGCCACGCGACCAUCACCAUGACCCUUUAAAGUCUCGCCGUCCAUCUCCAAGCAGCAGAGGAGACGAACAGAGAGGCCUUUAAAAAAACCAACAACAACAAAAAAAAAACAAUUAUUUUUUGCUUCCUUCAGUCCGCAGAUGGACCGAGUGCCCUUGGCACUGGCCGCUAAGAUGCGCUGGAUCACGCUGAUGCUUGCGGGCUUGACCUUCUGGGGGAAACUUUCUAUUUCUAACUGUUUCGACUACGAGGAGCCCGGAUUUGAUUAUUAUGAAGAGGAGAAAGUGGAAAGCAUCGACUACAAGGACCCGUGCAAAGCUGCUGUAUUUUGGGGCGACAUCGCGUUGGACGAGGAGGACCUGCAGAUGUUCCACAUCGACAGAACGAUAGACCUCAAACAACACACACAUGUGCGUUCACAUUCCCGACAGGGACACACUUCAGGAGGCCUUGGGGAACAUGAAGAUGUGAAGAGAGGAUCGUUAUACGUUCUGCUGGAGAGAAUACGCAGAUUUGGCUUUGACUACGUCCCAAAGAAUGAAAGCAAGGGAGCUGCCAGUUCACAAAGCCAAACCUGGAAAGGUGGGAGUCCUAGCGAGGCGGCGAAGAGCCGUGUUCCUCGAGCGGCCACAUCCCGAGCUGAAAGGAUCUGGCCUGGGGGAGUCAUCCCCUACGUCAUCGGAGGAAACUUCACUGGUAGUCAGAGGGCCAUGUUCAAGCAGGCCAUGCGUCACUGGGAGAAACAGACGUGUGUAACUUUCAUUGAAAAGACGGAUGAGGAAAGCUACAUCGUCUUCACCUACAGACCCUGCGGGUGUUGUUCCUACGUGGGUCGCCGUGGCAACGGACCCCAGGCCAUUUCCAUAGGGAAGAACUGCGACAAGUUCGGCAUCGUGGUGCACGAGCUGGGCCACGUCAUCGGCUUCUGGCACGAACACACUCGGCCCGACCGUGACGAUCAUGUGACCAUAAUCCGGGAUAACAUCCAGCCGGGUCAGGAAUAUAACUUCCUGAAGAUGGAGCCUGGGGAGGUGAACUCUCUUGGAGAAGCGUACGACUUCGACAGCAUCAUGCACUACGCCAGGAACACAUUCUCACGUGGGAUGUUCCUCGACACAAUACUUCCAUCCAGGGAUGAGAACGGCGUCCGGCCGGCUAUCGGCCAGAGAACCAGGCUCAGCAAGGGAGACAUCGCACAGGCAAGGAAGCUGUAUAGAUGUCCAGCUUGCGGAGAAACCCUCCAGGAAUCAACCGGUAACUUCUCCUCACCUGGUUACCCCAACGGAUACCCCUCAUACACUCACUGUAUCUGGAGAAUAUCUGUCACUCCUGGAGAAAAGAUUGUUCUCAACUUCACCACUAUGGACCUGUAUAAAAGCAGUAUGUGCUGGUAUGAUUACAUCGAGGUCCGGGAUGGAUACUGGAGGAAAGCUCCGCUGCUCGGCAGGUUUUGUGGAGACAAAAUCCCUGAUGUUUUGAUCUCAGCCGACAGCAGGAUGUGGAUCGAGUUACGCAGCAGCAGCAACUGGGUGGGCAAAGGCUUUGCUGCUGUUUAUGAAGCCAUCUGUGGAGGGGAAAUUACCAAGGACUCUGGGCAAAUUCAAUCUCCCAACUACCCUGAUGACUACAGGCCCUCCAAAGAGUGUGUGUGGAGGAUCACUGUGUCUGAGGGAUACCAUGUUGGACUUAGCUUCCAGGCCUUCGAGAUCGAGAGGCAUGACAGCUGUGCCUACGACUACCUAGAGGUUCGGGACGGCCCACUUGAAACAAGCCCGCUGAUUGGCCGUUUCUGUGGCUACGACAAACCUGAAGACGUUCGCUCCACCUCUCACACUCUGUGGAUGAAGUUUGUCUCCGAUGGGACGGUGAACAAGGCUGGCUUCGCUGCCAACUUCUUCAAAGAGGAAGAUGAGUGUGCCAAGCCAGACAAUGGUGGAUGCGAGCAGAGGUGUGUAAACACUCUUGGCAGCUUCAAGUGUGCCUGUGACCCCGGCUACGAACUGGCUCCUGACAAGAAGAGCUGUGAAGCUGCCUGUGGCGGUCUCCUGUCCAAGCUGAAUGGAACCAUCAACACUCCUGGUUGGCCUAAAGAAUAUCCACCCAACAAGAACUGCGUGUGGCAGGUGGUGGCCCCCACUCAGUACCGCAUUUCCAUGCAGUUUGAGGCUUUCGAGCUGGAGGGCAACGAGGUUUGUAAAUACGAUUACGUGGAGGUGCGGAGCGGCCUCUCGUCCGACUCUAAGCUGCAUGGGAAAUACUGCGGCACAGAAGUCCCCGAGGUCAUCACCUCUCAGUACAACAACAUGAGGAUUGAGUUCAAGUCGGACAACACGGUUUCCAAGAAAGGCUUCAAAGCUCACUUCUUCUCAGACAAAGAUGAAUGCAGCAAGGACAACGGCGGCUGCCAGCACGAGUGCAUCAACACGGUGGGCUCGUACGUCUGUCAGUGUCGCCACGGCUUUGUGCUGCAUGAGAACAAACAUGACUGUAAAGAAGCUGAGUGCAAGCAUAAGAUCCACAGCCCCAGCGGGACCCUGAGCAGCCCCAACUGGCCCGACAAGUACCCCAGCCGGAAGGAGUGCACCUGGGACAUCACUGCCACGCCGGGACACCGAGUCAAGAUCGCCUUCAGUGAGUUUGAGAUUGAGCAGCAUCAGGAGUGUGCUUACGACCACCUGGAGGCCUUUGACGGGGACAGUGACGCAGCGGCCAUCUUGGGUCGCCUGUGCGGCAGCAAGAUCCCGGAGCCUCUGGUCUCCACUGGGAACAAGAUGUACCUGCGCUUCAUCUCUGACGCCUCGGUGCAGCGGAAAGGAUUCCAGGCUUCACAUUCCACAGAGUGUGGAGGUCGUCUGAAAGCGGACGCUCGUCAGAAAAACCUUUACUCCCACUCCCAGUUUGGAGACAACAACUACCCGGGUCACACGGACUGCGAGUGGCUGCUGACCACCGAGCAGGGCUGCGGCAUCGAGCUCAGCUUCGUAACCUUUGAAGUGGAGGAGGAAGCAGACUGCGGCUAUGACUACAUCGAGCUGUACAACGGAUACGACGCCAAUGCGCACCGCUUAGGCCGCUUCUGUGGUUCAGGGCCCAGAGAAGGGAUUUAUUCCCCUGGAGACGCCAUGCUGAUCCGUUUCCAUAGCGACGACACGAUCAGCAAGAAGGGCUUCCACGUCCGAUACACAAGCAGCCAAUUCCAGGAGAACCUUCACGCCAGGAAGUGACUCUACACUCAGCCGACGACCUCCACGGCACGGCAACCAGAAAAAUCCGCUUUCUUCCGUCAUCUCUGACCCGCGGACAAACCAGGACGUCCACCAGCCGCCUGACCGGGUGGGGGGCGAGAGGGGAGGGGGGGGGGGGGGGACGGGACACCUGUCGGUGCAAAUAUUUGUUUACAAAAGAGCCAUCGAGACUUUGAGGCGAAGUGGAAACUAAAACGAGAAAUGGAGGUUUAGGUUUGAGGCGUUGCUCACAGACACAAAUGCAAAGGAGCCGCUUACAGACUCGUAUUUUCAAAAACAAACUAUGGCUAUGAAGGAGACUAAUAAACAGCAGUUCUGUGCGGCUCCUGGAUCCAUCAACUGUGCAAUUUACUGUCACCGGACGGCUGCUUCCAUCCACAGAGACUCAAACUGCUCACAGAUGUUUUACUUGCCUUGUAGGGCUGGGAACUGGCCUCUUCAGCCCAGAUCGGAACGGCUGCAGAUACUUUGAUUUCUGUGUAUUAUUAAACCCAACGUGUUUACUGUGA